CCCGGGAAGAUCUUCGUUAGCAUUAUGCCAGCUGAGGUUGGUGUCCUGGUAGGCAAAGACCGGUCAAGUUUUUGCGUGAAUGGGCUGACACUUGGGGGGCAGAAAUGUUCUGUGAUCCGGGACUCACUGCUGCAGGAUGGGGAAUUUACAAUUAAUCUUCGUACCAAGAGCAUCGGAGGGGCCCCAACCUUCAAUGUCACCAUCACCAUGACUGCCAAGACGCUAGUCCUCAUGGGCAAAGAAGGUGUUCACGGUGGUUUGAUCAACAAGAAAUGUUAUGAAAUGGCCUCUCACCUGCGGCGUUCCCAGUACUGACCUCAUCUGUCCCCUCCUCCACCGCUCCC